AAUCUAAUCGUCGAGAUGCAAUUAUUUGACAAAGAAAAAUAUUUCAACUAUUUACGGAUGUCACCAACAAUGUUCAAUGAAUUAUUGACAAUUGUUGGACCUCGGAUUGAAAAACAGAAAGUGGUUCGCAAUCCAAUAAGUGCUGAAACUAGAUUGCAUGUGACCCUACGAUGGUUGGCUUCGGGUGAUAGUAUGACUUCACUGUCCUACGCCUAUCGCAUUGCCCAAUGUACACUUUCGCAUAUCAUCCCGGAAACUUGUGAACAAAUUUGGCUUGCCCUAAAAGAUAGAGUUCUCAUUAAUGCUACGCAAAACAAUUGGAGAAAAGUUGCUGAAGACUUUGAAAGAAUAUGCCAAUUUCCACACUGCAUUGGAGCUAUCGAUGGGAAGCACGUGAUUAUUCAGGCACCACCUCGUAGUGGCUCAUCUUAUUACAAUUACAAAGGGAGCCACAGCAUAAACUUGCUUGCGAUAUGUGACGCUUUGAACCGAUUUCUCGUCGUCAAUAUUGGAGCUCAGGGCCGACAAAGUGAUGGAGGAGAUGAAGCUUUCCCUAUCAGCACGUAUAUGAUGAGACCGUAUCCUCGAAGUGGCAAGUUGAACACCAGAAAAAAAAUUUUCAAUUAUCGUCUCAGUUGUGGAAGAAGGACUAUCGAAUGUACCUUCGGGAUUUUAGUUGCGCGAUGGCGACUUUUCCGGCGACCUAUUAUUGCGUCUACAUCCACUUGCGUGAAAGCUACACAAGCAACUGUUAUUCUACAUAAUUUCAUAAUCGAUCGAGAAGUUAACUUAUCAGCACGUGAAAAGAUGUACUCCAUAAUGCGCGAUGAAGACCGUAAUCUGUUGCAUACUAGUACUGGUCUAAUAGACAUAAACGAUAGCAAUGUAUCGCAAAGCCGAGAAGCAUCGAAAAUUCGAGAUAAUUUUGCUCACUACUUUGAAUGCAUCGAUCCAUUACCUUGGCAAUUCAAUAAAGUAUUGAAUAAUGACUUUUAA